CAGAGUGAUGUAUUCUUUAGCGGAAAUGCCAAGGAAAUGAAAGAAACACGUGACGCCAGGCUACUGAAAUUUGUAAACAAACACAUGGGACAUCUUUAGUACAAGUACUGCAAAUUACAUUUGAUACAUGAGCAACCAUGAAGAGGGUAUUUGUAACUGUAGGAACAACAAGCUUUGAUGACCUAAUCGAACGUGUUACUUCCCCUGAAGCUGUUCAAGAGUUGAAAGCCCGCGGCUAUCAACAUUUGGUCCUGCAGGUUGGACAAGGCUCCAUUCUCCCAGAUUCAGACAGCUGUCACGAGCUCACGUUGGAGGCUUUCCGAUUCAAGGAUUCCAUUGCUGAAAAUAUCAAAUGUGCCGACCUGGUUAUCAGCCAUGCUGGGGCAGGUAGUUGCCUGGAGACCCUUGGUGCAGACAAGCCACUGCUAGUGGUGGUCAAUGACAAACUAAUGGACAAUCACCAGCUAGAGCUGGCCAGACAGCUACACCAAGACUCACACCUACUGUACUGCACCCCCAGCACUCUUACUGAGACCCUGAAGACAAUGGACCUUGCUGUUCUCUCAUCCUUCUUACCUGGACAACCAAAGCAUUUUGCCAAUUUCCUGGACAGGGCCCUUGGUGUUCAAUGAUUCCAACGGAGGGCAGUCUCUGAGGUCAACUCAGUGUUCUGUUAUGGAUUCUGGAGAUGUUUUGCGCUCUUUUUCUUCUUCAUGUGGCUUUCCAGCAGACUAGACGCUGUGUUGCAUACUGUCUUUCACAGGUCAGAGUGGGGAUUGCAAAUUUUGGUCACAAAAACAAAAAAGUUGAAUGAGAUAAUCUUAAAUUGCACCACCAUCUAACCCAGCACCUAUACACUAUCACCGAAAACCAACCACCCCAUCCCACUAAGUUGGCCCUAAACAAUCCUACACCAUGCUGUCGGUCUGGGAGGAUUGAGAACCCCUUCUCUCAACUUCCUGUAGCUCUUCUGCACUCAAAUAUAUCUUCUGUGAUUUCUGCUCCAUCAGCGCAGUACAGUUGAUCGCCAUGGCUAUGAUGUUUGCUCGCUGAAACUCCUCAUCUUUGCGAUGAACUGGCCAGAGGGUAGCCUGGGCCUCGCGUCCCUGGCUCAUAGUUUUUCCUAUCAGUAUGCAGAGCUAAUAACAACUCAGGCAAUUGCCUGGGGCCUUACAUCAUCAUAAUUUUGUUUAAUAAUGCGCUAUUAAACAAUUGUGACCAUCUCUGUUUAUGACAAACACUGUGGAUUCUGUUUUCUUCCUGCAAAUUUGGCUCCAGCUUUUGAGCAGUGGGCUCCCUAGUGGCGCAGCGGUCUUAUACACUGAAUCACAGUGCUAGAGGCAUCCCAAUAGACACUGGUUCAAUCCCGGGCUGUAUCACAACCGGCCGUGAUCAGGAGUCCCAUAGGACGGCGCACAAUUGGCCCAGCAGCGCCCGGGUUUGGGUUUGGCCGGUGUAGGCCGUCAUUGUAAAAAUAAUUUGUUCUUAACUGACUUGCCUAGUUAAAUAAAGGUCAAAUAAAAAUACAAUAAAAAAAACUAUUAUGACCCCAUUCCUGAAGCGAAUAAAUACUUUGUUUCCCUCCACUUACAAGCUCUUCAGGACACACAUUUUUUUUCUACAUACCUGAUGAUUUUCCUUUAUGUUUUCCCAAACUUUCCAAUUUCUGAUACAAUUCUCACUUUUUGAUGCAAAUUAAAAAUUGUUACAUCUUUCCCAUA